AUGCGUAAACUCAUCCUGGAUACCAUCGCUGGUCGCAGAGUGUCCUCAAUCGUAGCCUGCAUCCUCGUACUGUUGCUCCUAGAGUACAUCACGUGUCGGUUCAUACUUGCUAGAGUGGCGUACACUGAGAUAGAUUGGAAGGCUUACAUGCAGGAGGUUGAGGGUUGGCUGGUCGAUGGCGAUACGAACUACUAUCAUCUCAAGGGUGAUACCGGGCCCUUAGUAUACCCAGCAGCCUUCCUGUACUUGUACGCUAUCCUGAGGUGGAUAGCCGGUGGGGACGGCACGGAUAUCCCGGCGGCUCAGCAGGUUUUUCUCUGGCUCUAUCUGGUCACUGUCGCUAUCGUACUCGUGUGUUUGGCGUAUGCUGGCAGGAAGAAGUCAGUUACACUGGUCUACUAUGCACUUGUAUGCUUCUCUAGACGGACACAUAGUAUCUUCCUAUUACGCCUUUUCAAUGACGCCUGGUGCGUUGCCCUCGUCCACUUGUCCGUCCUCCUCAUGGUGGUCCUCGGCUAUCGUCGUUUAGGCUGUGUGGUGUACAGCCUGGCAGUUGGUGUUAAGAUGAAUGCCUUUCUCUGGGCCCCGGGGAUAUUCGUCUUCUUAUUGGGUCGAGGCAGUUGUUUGUGUGGUGACCAAAUAUGCCGUCAUUUUCAGAUUCUCAUUGGCCUCCCUUUCCUCACCACCCAUCCCCUUCCUUAUCUGCACAAGUCCUUCGAGCUCUCCCGAGUUUUUUUCUACAAGUGGACUGUCAACUUCAAGUUUUUGCCAGAAGAUAUCUUCGUGUCUCGUGAACUCGGCAUCUUGUUGCUCAUCACGACAAUCAUGUUGUGGGCUUGGUUCGCUCACCGGCGAUGGCUUCCAACUUGGUUACUACAAGAUCCUCUUCUGGUACUCUACAGUAGCAACUUCAUCGGCAUCGCGAUGUCUCGAACGAUUCAUUAUCAGUUCUACUGCUGGUACUCAUUCACCAUACCGUACCUAUUAUGUCGCAGUCAGUGGACGAGGAAGGCGGCUGUAGAUUUCAUCAUCAAGAUGAUCAUAUGGGGAUCGAUUGAGUACGCCUAUAACGUGCCGCCCGUGCCUGAGUGUCGACAUCUCCCUAAAGGAACCGACUUUUGUGACAAUCCUGCAACCACAUUGAGCAGUGCUCUGCUCCAGCUCGCUCACGUUGCUCUGUUGGUAGGGCUCGCGAGAUAUCAGAUUGAGUCAAAGAGUGCGAAACUUGAAUAG